ACAGCGAGACUCUCAUCCUUCAAAAUCACAAGGUACGAAUCUCUCUCUCUCUCUCUCUCUCUCUGAUAAAUAAGAAUGACAGCAACCUCUACGUUACACUUCCUCUCUCGUCUCCGAUUCAUCACCAAUACCAAACCUCUUCCUAUUCCAUCACCUCUUUCAAUCCCAUUCCAUUUCUCUCUCACCUCCAAAUCAAAGAAACCAACUCCAUUUCGAUUUUUCUCAAUGGCUUCUGCGGAACCCAAGGAAUCACCAGUUAACAACCCUGGUCUUCAUACAACUAUAGAUGAAGCUACUAAGGGUUACUUUAUGCAACAAACUAUGUUCAGAAUCAAAGACCCUAAAGUUAGCCUUGAUUUUUAUUCCCGCGUUUUGGGCAUGUCUUUGCUUAAGAGAUUGGAUUUUCCUGAGUCGAAGUUCAGCUUGUACUUUAUGGGGUAUGAGGAUACAUCUGAAGCUCCAAGUAACCCUGUUGAUAGAACAGUUUGGACCUUUGCUCAAAAGGCUACAAUUGAAUUGACACAUAAUUGGGGCACUGAAAGUGAUCCAGAGUUCAAAGGGUACCACAAUGGCAAUUCUGAUCCUCGUGGUUUUGGGCACAUUGGCAUUACUGUUGAUGACACCUUCAAAGCAUGCGAAAGAUUUCAGAAUCUGGGAGUUGAGUUUGUCAAGAAACCAGAUGAUGGGAAAAUGAAAGGGAUAGCCUUUAUUAAGGAUCCUGAUGGGUACUGGAUUGAAAUCUUUGACAGGAAAACAAUAGGAAACGUAACAGAAGGUGCUGCUUAAGAUAAACUCUUCAGAUAUAUGGGUAACUGUUCAAUGUGAUUGGCUACUUGCUUUGUAAGUCCUAGUAAUUCUCCAACUUUCCAAGGAAGAAUGAAUAAUUUGUAGUCAAAACAAAAUGUCAUGGAUUGUGUUGUGAAUCUUCACUUUUAUUUCGAAAUGCAUUAUAAUCACCAGGUAGUAGAAUUUGACUAUGGAUCUGCAAUCAUUUGGGAAAUAUGUUACAUUUUUGUGUGUUGUGUUUUUAA